UGCAUGGCCGAGUAUACUGGCCUUGGAGCCUCUCUUAUUACUCCUCAUCCUUUGCCUCCGUUGCCUCGUUUGAAAUCGUCAUCCACGACUUACUCUUCGCAAAGUCGAGUACUUGAACAAUACGAAGAGAUGAGGCCCUCGACGGAAGAGCCUCUUUUUCCAGCCUUUCGAAGCAAGUGCGAAGCGACCAACAUGAUCGUAGACUCCCUCCUGCCUGGCUGGCAAGCUUUAUUGAACGGGGGCCUUGCGUAACCUACGCACUUCUCUAUCACGCUCGUAUGAAUCUUCGGCCUUAGUUAUAGUUCUUCCUCUGCCCUCCUAGGAGUAAUUUGUCUGGUGGUUUGAAAAAGUUGGCCAAGGGAUCAUUUGAAUGUGGGUUCCGAACCGAAUGAGUCAAGUAGCUCUUCAAAGGCUAAGAUAUGGAUCCACAACGAAUAUGGAGUGGCUCUUGAUGCUUGUGUUGUGCCUGUGCUUCAGCAAUUCGGCUCAAAGUCGACUUCUCAAGUCUCUGGUGUUUCAAGAGAAUGGCAGCUCAUCUAGGGAAACGUACGCUGUUUUGGAGAAUCCACCUCUAGCAACCCAGGUUCAUCAUCUCAGUUUCUGCAUCAAGAUCUACUUGAAUCUAUUUAAACCUUCGAUUGCUUAUGUUUUCGAGAGUGGACCCAGGAUCUUCAACUCCACGGAAAAUUCCGAAGGCCAUGAAGAAUUCGAUUUGAUCUUGGCCAUUACCACCAAUGGGCCUUGGGUGGGCAUUAAGAACCACAAUUUUGUCACCAAAGGCAAGGUGCUCCCGUUGGAAUGGAACCACUUCUGCUUUGCUUAUGACGGGGAACACAAUUCCGCCGUAAUGGUUCAAAACGGACAAGUUAUUCUCAAUAUAACAAAUCAUGCCUCGUUUGACCGACAACCACUUACCCCAGAAUUCCUGGAGAAUUUGAUUCUGGGACAGAGACAAAUCUCAUUGCGGGAUCCUAUUCUGUCUUUUUCUGGCGAGAUCGCUGAGUUUAAUGUGUGGAACAGAACGCUAACAUUGAGGGAACAAAUACAGACCACGAGCAUCAAUAUUAACGGUCCCCUUCAUAAGGCAACAAGGCACUCCAAAUCAGAUCAUGGAGGUGACAGAGGGACCCUCAAGAGAAAUGGCAAGAAAAGAGAUCAUCUGCUUUUGGAUUGGAACACUCAAAGAUGGAAAUACUCUCAGGUUCAUGAGACUUACCAUGAUAUGGCGGACGAUCAUGGUUACACACUCGUUAUGUUUCCCGAGAGACGUACCUUUUCCAGUGCUAAAUUACUUUGCAAUGUCCUGAAUGGACGAAUUGCAGUGCCCAAAAACCAAGGAGAGAACAUUGAAUUACACCGCGUCUCAAUCGGCAACUUUUCGAUUUGCAACCGACGACAUUUGGAGUAUAUUUGGCUUGGGAUCACAGAUGGCGCCCUAGAAGGAACAUGGCAAAUGGAAAGUCAGGGACAAGAGAAGCUGACGACAUCUGUGGACCCUGAAUGGAACAUUCCUUGGGAACAGAGUCCAAAGGAACCAAACGGCGGGCCGAAGGAAAACUGUGGAGCAAUGAAGCGAGGACUCACUUGGCUGGACAUCCAGUGCUCGUAUCGGUUAUGUGCAGUGUGCAAUUUCUCGUCCACGGUCCAUGGGGGACAAUUCGUUCCCUCAAUUCCUGGGAGAGCGGAUCUCGGAGAAAUUCGAGACAAAACCGACCAUCUAGGAGAAGCUCAGAGCGAUAUCAAAUGGGAGGUGGAUCUCCCCAAUCAGUGGUCGGGAGCUGGUCCCGGGAACAGCGAGGCUGAUAAUGACCCAGUCACUCCACCUGCCCCCUCAUCUCCACCUCGUCUGAUGUUGAGAGGUCUUUGUGAAGAGUCCUCAUUUGACACUCACUACACGCUCGUGAGUGACAGAUUUGUGGAUGGCAGACACGCAUUUAGGGGUUACUUUGGCUCGGAGAUCCGUUGGAAUACAUCCAAAGGAUUUUGGAUUCUUAGCAGGAAAAUUGAAUCAGGAGAAGGAGAAAAAAAGGAGAACNCCCAGUCACUCCACCUGCCCCCUCAUCUCCACCUCGUCUGA